AUGGAACUGGAAGAAGCAACAAUCACUGCACCCUUGGCCACUAAAAACAUUUACUGGUCGUCGUUAAUAGCUGGUGGAGUGGCCGGGCUCGUAGUGGACGUAGUACUAUUUCCCAUCGAUACCAUCAAAACACGCUUGCAGAGCGAGCGAGGUUUCGUUGCUUCCGGUGGUUUCCGUGGCGUUUAUAAAGGGCUUGCCCCAACGGCGGCUGGUAGUGCGCCAACGUCAGCACUCUUCUUCUGCACCUAUGAAACUAUGAAAUCACACCUUCGCCAGUACGCCACCAGCAACGAUCAACUUCCGUACGUACACAUGGUGUCGGCCGCUGCCGCCGAAGUUGUGGCUUGUCUCAUCCGUGUCCCAAUCGAAAUCGCCAAACAACGGCGACAGGCGCUUCUUCAUAAGGGUAAUGCAUCGUCGUUGGAAAUACUGUACGGCGCGCUCAAGAAAGAAGGCAUCCGGAAGGGUUUAUACCGUGGUUUCGGUACAACCGUGAUGCGCGAUGUGCCCUUCUCACUAAUACAGUUCCCUCUGUGGGAAUACUUCAAACUUCACUGGACUGAGGUGACCGGUACCGCGCUAACACCACUAUCCGUAGCGAUCUGUGGAGCAAUUUCCGGUGGUAUUGCGGCUGGUCUUACAACACCACUGGAUGUAGCGAAAACACGUAUCAUGCUAGCGGAACAGCUCGAAAGCAACCGGAUGGGAGGGAUGGGCCGAAUAUUGCGCAACAUAUACCGCGAGCGAGGGAUUCGCGGUGUGUUUGCCGGGUUUGUUCCACGGGUAACGUGGAUCACACUUGGUGGUGCCAUAUUUUUCGGAAUGUAUGACCUGACAUUACGCUUCCUGAACGCGGCCGAAGAAAGGUGA